AUGAGGGAAUCCUCUUUCUACGGAAAUGAAGAAUUGCGUUUGCAAAGUUUAACCCUCUGUAUCCUGCUUGACGUCUUUUUCCUAGAAAGGUCGUGCGAAGUAGCGCAGUCGCAUUUGACUUUCCUCGCAUGUACGCUCAGACUAUCCGAUCAGUCAUCAUUGAGUUUUCGCUCCCUCAACAUGUAUGGAACUAUCACAGAGAAGACAAAUUCGAUCGCGACUAUUUACGAUUACAAGAAAGAUAUGAGGCUGAGUGUUCAGCUGAUUCGUUGGAUGAUGGAGAUGAUAGGCGCGUGGCCAAAAUCUACCGUGAUCUCAUCGACAGAGAGAUACGCGUACACGCUAUUAAACGUUUUUUGUAUCGGUUUGAUUAGCUUCCUCGUCAUACCCGCUCUCAUCUACAUAGUGCUUGAAAUGGAAAUGGAUAAUGGAUACCUUAUCUUGAGACAUUCUGGAGCAUUGAGUUUCUGCGUAUUGGCCAUCGUGAAGUAUUUUUCGCUGAUUUUUCAUGAAGAAGAUAUUCGCAAUGGUAUCAAAUAUAUUGAGAGUGACUGGAUAAAUACUCGGUAUUACAGUGAUCGGAUGACGAUGAUUAGGAGCGCGAAAUUUGGCCAGCACCUUGUGGCAAUUUGUAUGUUCUUUAUGUACGGCGGUGCCGUUUUCUUCGAUCUUGCUCUACCGUUCAGUGUCAGCAAAAUUACAGAAAAUGAGGGUAAUCUGACAUAUCGGCCACUGACGUAUCCAGUCGCCAGGGUGAUUAUCGAUGUACGACACAGUCCUGUCAGCGAAAUUUUUUUUUGGAUACAGUGCCUAUCAGGCUUUCUCGCUCACUCUAUCACUGCCACUGGAUGCAGCAUAGCUGCCGUAUUCGCGAUGCACGCUUAUGGCCGCAUGGAGAUCCUGAUAGAGUGGAUCAAACACUUGAUAGACGGACGGAAAGAUUUAUGUGAUAACAUAAAUGAGAGAUUGGCGAUAAUUAUAGAGCAUCAUGUACGAAUUUUAAA